AGAUCACAUGUAUAUGAGCCGGAAGUAGAGUAAUUUGGCAUGAUCAGUGGUUGUUUUCCACAUGUGCCAUUUUCGCUCUUUUCGGCAGGUUCUACACCAUUAUUAUACUUCCUGAUAUGGUUUCUAUUAGGCGCAUUCGGCAACACCCUUUCGCCGCCCAUACAAAGAUCGUCAUCGCCUGUACUCGAAUUUUCAUCGAAUCCAUGCCCAGUGGUUCCUGGAUGUCAAUGCAUCGAUGGUAACGUGACCCGAGUGGAAUGCCGCUAUAUUGGCCCGAAAGCUAUCACAUUGCUUGCGGAGCAAUACCCAAGUGUGCGUUUUUUACAUAUAGCAGAAUGGACAGAGGACAGCAUCAACCUUGAUGAUUUCUAUCCUCUGCAGUUUCUUUCUGAGCUGUACAUAAUAGAAGGCGAAGCUCAAUCCAUUCACCUCGCCCUUCCUCUUCGGUCCAUAACACAUCUUGACUUGAGCAAAAAUUCAUUUGAAGAGUUUAAAGAGAUUUGUAAUAUUACUCGCAACCUGCCUGCACUUGUACACCUUUCAUUGAACGAAAAUCACUUUACCUACCUCCCACCAUGUGUUCAAAAUGUAGCUGCAAGAACAUUGAAUCUCUCUAGCAAUCAAAUUAACUUCAUCAAUGGUACAUUCCAUCGUUACGUGCGGAACCUUGAUCUUUCGGGAAAUACUCUUACAUCAACUUCAGGCUUACACGGAGACCUGCUUCGAUUAAAUCUUUCACACAAUCCUUUGGUAGAGGCUGCAUUUCCCCGUUUCAAAGCUCUACAGCAGCUUGACUUAUCUGAUGUCAGACUGCAAAUAUCUCCCGAUCUUGAUGCUCCAAAAUUAGCGGUAUUGUUCUUGGAUCAGACUUCCAUGGAGGUGGUAGAUUUUACUCGGUGGAAUACGCCAAAUUUGCAAAGAAUGACUAUGGAUGAUUCUAUCCCAUUAAAGUUUGUCAGUGGUCAUCUUCCUGCAUCAACAAAAGAGCUGUCAAUCACUAAUACACAACUUGUUGCUCUUCCGCAAUCAUUUUUUGAGAAAUCUUCGUUACGUGUAUUGAAUUUAACUGGAUCGAACUAUGACUGUGAUCCUUGCGUUUUUCAAUGGUCAUUACCGGUCGCUCGCCUUCUAAGCAACCAAACCCAGUGUGCUCCCAUCGUACAACUAGAAAAUUGUACUCUGGGAAUAUCGCAGCAUAAUCCCGAAAUUGUUCGAACAUUAUUUGGUCAGUCGCCUGUAUUACCUUGCACUGUGUAUGGUUCGCCACAACCUGCUGUUGAGUGGUGGUUGUACCGUCCUGCGACAUAUUUAGGAAAGUUCGAUCCCGAAGACGUCCAGCCGCUCUCAACGAAUAGUUGUUGCACUGUACUAAAUGGAGGUGCGCUUUUGCUUCACGAUGUCAAUCGUUCAUUCAUUGAGCGAUAUGUAUGUGUAGCCCGACAAGGUUCGGAGUCAGUUAGUAGAAUAUUCCGUUUCAGGCUCGAUUACUCGAGCUGGUACUCUUUGGACCUGUUCAACAGCGUAUUUUGGGGUGGUAUAGCGACAGCAGUACUUGUUUGCUCCUUCUCUUUCCUACUUAACAUUACUUGGAUCCUGACGAGAAAGAGCAUACUAUGGUGGAUACAACGAGCAGAGCGAUUAUCCCGGGUUCGCAAAAUGGUUGAAGCUAUGGAGAAAUAUCGUGCGCGGCAGAUGGAAGGACUUCAUGAUAAGUAUACAAAAAAAUUACAAUUAGUUCGCGAAAACUAUCAUGCGCAGGUCGAAGCACUGCGGCUUUCUUACAGCUCGCAAGCUGAGAAAUUCCGCGGUUAUCGUGUCGCUCAAAUGGAACAGAUGUCCUCUCAUCUGGAGAACAUUCGGGAAAAUUAUAAUCAGCAAAUGCAGAGAGUGAGAGAGUACGGUUCUAGGCGAGCUGAGCAACUGUGGGAAAGUUAUGAACGACAAGUGAACAGGAUGAAGGCCUUCAGCUUGCAACACCGCCUCAAGAUGAUGAGACAAUAUAAAGUCAAACAGAGGUAUCUGAACAAGCUGUUGGAGUCGCUACAAGAUUCCACUGCUAGUCCGGAAACUCUUCGAAAGCACGAGGAAGAAGUGCGUGCUGCUCUGCAAUUGCCUGAUACACCGCCGCCUGGCUCACCUGACGAUCAUCCCCUAUCUCGAUCGUCUUCAUUCUACUCUCUUCCGGAAUAUGUGAUUGAUGAUGAUGGAACACUGAGACCAAGUCCUCUGAUGGGAACAGUCAGGUUCAUCGCAAGUAAUGCUCGGAAUCGAAGUUCUACCGCCAAUAAAGGUGCUAUCAAGAACAUUGGGGACGACGAACCUGGAACCUCUACAUCGAACAAACGCGAGGGUAACGGCGAGUGACCGGCCUAUUUCAGCUUUUUUGUGCACUAUUCAUCUCUUGUAUUCAUACUCGUUUGACGUCUCAUGUUUGCGAUUGCUAGGUUGUGUGUAUUACAGGUGCGUUCAGUAAUAUUUCAAUUCAUAGCGUACCAUUUCGUGAUUUAUCUGUCUUAUCUUCCUUAUUGUGCAUAGUGUUGUUGCUAGUUUAUUCUAUUUUACAAGUGUCCUCAUGUAAGUCCCGACUAUUGCUUACUUUUCAGUGAGCUUGUACAGUGAGUCUCGACUGAGAGGAUUAUUCGAGUCUUUCUGUCAGUUUGCACGACAAGUGAGAGCGCAUUAUGAUUUUUUAUUGGAUCUUUACAGUAUUAUCAAUAGGAUUUACUUUUCAAAUCUUGCGUUUUUACGACUUGCGUUUAGCGAAGUGACAAAACCAUUCUGGCACUGAAAAGUUCCAUUGUACGUCCGUUGCCGUACAUUCUGUAGGUUUGCGCUGCUUCACAUCUUCGGCAUGUCUUCUCUACACAUCUCUAGCUCUCCAAUAGCAGCGUUAUCACUCGUCUUGAAGCAUGGCAGAAGUGAAACAAAGUGAUUCGUCGGAUAGUUUGCCCGCAUGUUUGUGCUUGCUCAGCGCAAACACAACUCGUGUAGCUUGAUUUGUUUCGUUCACUCUUUUCCGAAAGCAUUGGCUGUCUUGUGUCGUGUUAGCCUGCGUGUCUGUCCCUUACACCUUCCUCACCGCUUUAUGCAGCUCCUUCUUAGCACGUGAUGUCUUUUCAUUUCCGGAUUUCUUCCCAUUCGGGUCAUCUUAUCAAAAAUUUCGAAAAUUGAACCUCUCCUCUUGGACCGAUCAUUAUCAGUUGUUCAAUCCAGUCUGUUGAGUCGGGUAGAUUGUCCUCGAUACCCUCAAUAUAACUUAUCGUCUUCUAUAUCAGUUAUUAUCUCAAGGUGUCUAUUUAUUCAAUGAUUUCUGAAUAAAAAAUGCUCCUUA